AUGUCAGGAAAUAAUUCUGGACAUCGAAGCAAAGUUGAAAUACAAUUUGAUAUAAUUCAUAACACAAAUGUUGUCACAAGGCAUGCUCAAGAAAUCGUACCCUCACCUCCAACUUAUGAGGAAGUGUCAUCAAUAUUAAGUCAUCGUGAAUUUCCAGCAGGACAAAGGGCACAAAAUAUUAAUUCUUCUGAAAUAAAUCAGAUACUUAAUGAUUCCAAUAAUUCAUCAUCUAAUUUGUUAAAUAUGCCCUUAUCACAAAAUGAAAGUGAUGUUAGUAUACCUGAUUUAAGAGGUAGUCAAUCAUUUUCUCAUAUGGGAUCGAUAAAUGAGGAAGAAAGAUAA